AUGAAGAAAUUCAAUCCAAGAAAGAGAAAGGUUGCGAGGAAACAAUCUCCAAAUCUUUUGAUAUACAUCUUACCAACACUUUUGUUCUGGGUACUCUUUGUCCCUCGCAUCAAUCAAACCGUAACCUAUCUCUUUCCUUCCUACCAAGAAACCCUAAACAUCACUCUAAAGACUAAACAUGAAGAAAUAGAUACUUGCGCCGGAAGGUACGUCUAUAUCCACAAUCUCCCCAGUAGAUUCAAUGAGGAUUUGAUCGAAAGUUGUGAAUCAUAUGCCGAGUUACGCAAUAAGUGUAAGUACCUGGUUAACUCUGGUUUCGGUCCACCGAUCUUAGAGGAUGAACAUAACCACACAGUUCGUGUAUUAACCACCGAGACCGAUUCUUGGUACUCGACCAAUCAGUUCAUGCUUGAAGUUAUCUUCAGAGAGAAGAUGAGACACUACGAGUGUUUGACUAACGACUCAUCCCUCUCUUCUGCAGUCUUCGUCCCGUUCUACGCUGGCUUCGACGGGAGACGCUUUUGGGGAUACAACGUGAAGCUCAGAGACGAACUCGGUGAAGAUCUAGCUCAAUGGCUUAGGGAGAGACCUGAGUGGACGAAAAUGCACGGACGAGAUCACUUCUUUGUCACAGGAAGGGUUGGUCGGGAUUUUAGAAGGGUGUCUGAUCAAGAUUCAGACUGGGGAAACAAGCUCAUGAGGUUGCCUGAGUUUGAGAACAUGACGAUGUUAUCUAUCGAGACAAACUCUUGUAGCAACGAGUUUGCGGUUCCUUAUCCAACGUACUUCCAUCCAAAGACCAAAACCGAGGUUAGGACAUGGCAGAGGCAAGUGAGAACGGUUCAGAGACGAUACUUAUUCUCGUUCGUCGGAGCUCCAAGGCCGGAGAUGGAGGAAUCUAUAAGAGGAGAGGUUAUAAAACAGUGCCUUGCGUCACAAGAAAGAUGCAAGUUUCUUAACUGUGACACACCAAGUAAAGAUUGUGGUAACCCGGUUAAGGCGAUGGAAGUGUUUCAAGAUUCGGUUUUCUGUUUACAACCACCAGGAGAUACAACUACAAGGAGAUCAACGUUUGAUUCGGUUUUAGCCGGUUGUAUACCGGUUUUCUUUAGACUCAAUUCUGCUCAGUACAAGUGGCAUUUCCCGGUUGAUCAUACCAAGUAUUCGGUUUACAUUUCGGAAGAUGAUGUGAGAGACGGUAAGGUUAGUAUUGAGAAGAUAUUGAGUAUGAUUAAUGAAGAAGAUGUUUUGAGUAUGAGGAAUGAGGUUGAGAAGAUUAUACCGAAGAUUAUCUAUGCCAAACCGGGGGCUGUUGGACCGGAGAAGAAUGAAGAUGCGUUUGAAAUUGCGGUGAGUAGGGUUCUUGAGAGAGUGUCUUCAUUAUUCAAGAAUCAAGAUAAUGACCAAAAUCUAGGAAUGACAUAA